AUGAAGACCAGUGGCUUACAACCUUACCAAGGCGAACCGAUUGCUGAUCCAGCUUGGAUAGCUCAAUACAACGAAGAGAGACGUGCCGAAGAAGAGAGAAGACAGCUGCUUAUGUCUCGCUUGAACGGAACCGUCCCCGUAUCAAAUUGGUAGGUGAAAUGUAUACACUAUAUGUGAGCUCAGAGACAGAGCUCGUGUUUACAUUCUGUGUAGACGCUACGGCGUAUACGCAGGCUAGUGUUGACACUCAUGUAAAAAUAUUUUCCUUUUUCGUUUGAGAAAUCACAAUGAAUAUUAUAUGGUGUUUCUUUUUAUUUCAGGUGUACAUGCGAACUAUGUAAAGUCGAUUUACUGGUAAAUGAGAGAGGCUCAAUGCUGCCAAGAAAUCGAAGGCUGCUUAGAAGCGUUAGGGACAGAACUUGUUUUACAAGAAGUAGGUGCUGAGCCAAAUUGCAUAACGCUUCAUCCAGGCUUUGGUUCGGUCUGUUUAUCACCCUGGUCAUUGCGUCUGGAGGGCGUAAAUUUCGAAAAAUAGAUGGCAGGAAGUAUAACGUGGAAGGUGAUGAAAACAGACAAGACACAUAUAUGUAAUAAUAUAUAUAUAUAUAUAUAUAUAUAUAUAUAUAUAUAUAUAUAUAUAUAUAUAUAUAAUAUAGCCAUUUUUAAUCCUGAUAAAUCCCCACAAUUUGUUAUCAAUCAGAAAAUUUCAUUUAUAUAAAACUAUUACAAAUAUUACAUGAAAAGUUUCUUAUAUUAUAGGUAUUUCCGAAGUGUUGCCUAUAGAGAGUAUAUACAAUUGGUUUAUGGAAACUUGGGAAAGAGAAGAAUACCUUUACCAGCAUGUGGCUAUCAUGCCAUAAGACAAGCUUUUGGUGGAAAAGACUUCAAAUGUUUUGAGGAUGAUGAAGAGUUGGAAUGA